AUGCCGACUCCCAAAGAUGUUUCCUCAUUGCGCUCCUUCAUGGGACUAAUCAGCUAUUACUCGGUUUUUCUACCUUCCAUGCACAAUGUCCGACCACCACUGAAUCACCUGCAUGGAAAGGACGUCCCUUGGGUUUGGUCCAGCGAAUGCGAGGCGGCCUUCUGUCAACUCAAAUCAAUGCUCAGUUCGGACCUGCUGCUGACCCAUUAUGAUCCAGGCCUA